CCCUCACCCCUCUCCCCCCAGGCUGCUGCCUGCUCCCCUCUCCCCCCAGCUGGGGCUGCUGCCGGACCCCGUUGCCCCUCUCCAUAGACACAGAGCAAGGCACAGGCAGAGUGACUGCAGCACAAGGGUACAAGAGACAGACGGGGUCUGCGCCUCAAAUAAACAUCCCCCCCAGGAACCCCCCCAUGUAUAUAACACGGGCCUCCCUACACGAGUUUCAUGUGCUGUGUGAGAAAAACAUUCCCUCGGACCCCCCUGCUCACAGUGCUGCCCCCUUUCCAUGAAAACCAAACCCACUUCUCAGAAAUGUCCUCUGUGGGUCGAACCCCUCGGAAAAACAGCAGCGUCAGGAUGGUUGUACAGAGCCCAGAGGAAGCCCCGCCCCCCGCAGUACAAGUUACUAUUCCCAAAGUGCCUCUUACAAAGAAAAGCAAACAGAAGGAGCCGCUGGCGCUGAUCAGACGGAAGAUGUUGGUGCAGAACCAGGAAAUCCAGGAGAUUCAGAUUCUGGGCUGCAGAGAGGACCCCUUCCCAGACAGCCCACCUCUUGCCCCUUCCCCUGUAAAGCUGGAGCCGGGGGUAAAAGAGGGGCUAUAUCCAAGGUUUCAAGGGAAUGAGGUGGCCACGCAGACCCCCCCUGUCUAUUGUUUCAGCUCCUUGGAUGAAAUUGUUGAAUUUAUGAGCUGUUGUAACAAGAACGAGGAGGGAAGGAGCCCCCCAUUGCCUGAGGGCCCCCCCGAUGAGCCUGGGAAAGGGGGGCAUGAAGUUCUCUCUGAUAACGAUCACUCUCCAACAUUAAAGUUGGGCAUCGAGGAGGACGAUGAAGACCAACCAAUUGUCUCUCACAACCCCCCAGUGCAUUACGUCUCCAGCUCCGGUUCUCCAUGUUUCCCCGUUGUUAAGAGACGGAGGAAGCAACGUUUCCACUGUGAUUGGCAGGGUCCCGUCACCAUCAUCAGCUCACCCAACGUGCCAGCCAAUGCCGUGGAGUUGAGGGUGGGCGAAGACUUGGCCAUGUCUAUCCGGAGACAAGUAGACGUCAACAACCCCGGGCCCUUUGGAUGGCAACUUGCCAAGCUGCUUUUCACAGAGGAGGAACUCUAUGGGCACAACUUCAAUGGCACAGAUCAGAAAAUGCCCCUCAGCCCCAGGCGAGUCCAUGCCAUCCAGCAUGCCUUCCAUGACUACUUCCCCAAAGACAUGGCGGACGAGGCUUUAGCCAGAGGCCGUACAGCCAUUAACCAGGGCAUCAGGAACAUGUUUUAUGUUCGCAGUCGGAGGGACGGGGACUAUGCAUGACGUGAUUGCCCGACAGUUGGGUAUAACCAGCGGCACAGUUCUACCCCUUGGGCAUGUCGGUACCAGCUGUACCAGCCUGUGGGUGAAGGGGGCGUUGCCACUAUUUCCAAUAUUAGAGCAUUGUGGUCCUUUAAACACUGGGCAAAUCUGUAUGUGGGCAGUAACCCAAGGCAACCAAUCAGAUUUUGCUUUCAUUGUUCUAGAAGCGGCAGCUGAUCACUGAUUGGUUGCUAUGGGCUGUUGGUAGGUGCAGAUUUGCCGAGUGUUGAUGGAUGAGCCCCUUUGUGCCAUGAUACAAGUUCUUCCAUGCACCGGGGGCCGGUAUUGGCUCAGCUGUGACUCGUAGCCACUCCCCAUUCUAUGCAGCAGCUCAGCCAAUCAGAGACCUAUAAUAAAAUGGUUUGUUUUUAGCUGAUUUUAGAAAA